AUGUUCAUCAUCUUCUUCCUGCUCUCCUUUUCGCAACCGAGCAUCAGGAACGUCCAUUCCCCGGACACUCAUGGUCAAGUCGAGUUUGAGACACCACAUGAGCCGCCAGCGCAUUCAGACCCUGCAGUUUGGCCGCAGCCGACUCAUCGUCCAAUACCGCCAGUGCCGCCAAAGCCGCCAGUGCAGCCCGAUCAACCGGCGAGCAACAUCGUCCGAGCCUCGACCGGAUACUAUACAGGCAAAUUCGACCCAAACUUCCCAGAUGUGCGCGAAUUCCUCAACGUCCCCUACGCCGAAUCGACCGCAGGCAAGAACCGCUUCAUGCCACCCGUGCCCGUCUCCAAGUCCGACGACCAUCACGACGCAACGGCGUACGGCCGAGUGUGUCCUCAAUUCGUCUCUGCCCUACCCUCCGUCUGGUCGGAGCAGAUCCCGUGGUAUCGCAUUCCGCACGAAGCGUCGGAAAAGGGCGAGACUGCUGCUCUGAGUGGCGAAGAUUGUCUAAGCAUGGCCAUUUGGACGCCAGCGAAUGCGACCGAGAACUCGAAGCUGCCGGUUGCUAUGUUCUGGCCUGGCGGCGGUUUCCAGACGAAUGGCAUUCUGGUCCCUGCACAUCAACCCGCGCAGUGGGUGUCUCGCUCGCAGUCUCAUGUCGUUGUCACGAUCAACUAUAGACUCGGCAUCCUCGGCUUUCCGGAUGCCGCUGGUGCAAAAGAACAGAACCUUGGUCUUUUGGACCAGCGUCUUGCUCUCGAAUGGGUCAAAGACAACAUCAACAGCUUCGGCGGAGAUGCAACCAAAAUCAUGGUCUGGGGAUUCUCCGCCGGAGCACAAGCCGUCGAUUUCCACAACUACGCCUACUAUGAAAAUCCCAUUGCCCGUUCUUUCUUCUCUCAGUCCGGCAGCUGCUUGGCUUUUGGAUCCGGCCAUGCUUCCGAUCACUCCAAAUUCACCUUUGUGGCGAAGAAAUUCGGCUGCGAAUUCGAAGAUGAACCGGUGGAGGAGCUCACCUGCAUGCAAGAGCCAGCCUUCCGAGACAUUGUCGACUUCAUCGGCCUCUACCACGGAGAUCAACGACUGAGGUUCGGGCCCGUGACGGAUCAGCGCACUGUCUUCUCGGAUUACAAGGAACGCUAUGCGGAAGGGAAGGUCUCUCAAGUUCCGAUGAUCUAUUCCAGUGCGGCGAACGAUGGCGCCGUCCUCGCCUCGUACAACGCGCAGCAUCCCGAAAGUGCGCCGGACCAAGAGACUGUCAACACCAUUACUCAGCGUAUUUUGUGUGGCGCCGCGGAGUCCAGUAGACUGAGACAUGGCAUCAACCUGACCACCUAUCGCUACCAAUACGCGGGCGUGUGGCCAAACCAAAACCCCCUCUCCUGGAUGGGAGCUUAUCACUCCAGCGAUCUGCCGAUGCUGUUUGGAACUUACGACGUCGGCACGGGGGAUUCAGUCCUGCCAAUGGAAACUGAAACCAGCAUUAAGAUGCAGGACUUUCUCCUGUCAUUCCUUCAAGACCCUCAUCAUAUCGCUGGCUGGCCGGAGGAAAACAUCCUUGCUUUGGGUCACGGAGAUCUCUUACGCUUCGGGGCAAAGGUGAAGCCCGUCCAGCGGGUGGAUGCACUCGACGUCGAUGGCGUUUGCUAUGGAUCAAUGCCCUACGACCCCUUUCCCUGA